CUUGACAGACUCGACAACACAUAAUACCACACAUGGGAAUCCAGACGCUGCCUCAAUAAUGCAUUUUAGAAUUACAUUAUCUUCUUCUCUCUCCUUUUGGGAUUGAUUUGGUUAGGUGUUUGUUUUAGGUAGUGAGAAAAGUGUUUUUUUUUCUUUUUUUUUGGGAUUUUAAUUUUGAUUUAGGUUUGGGUGUGUUGUGGAAAUGGAAAUGGGGAUAGAAACUCCAUUGUUGAUAAAUGUUGAAGGUCCAGACACGACCUACCGGCUGAUCAAACGCCAUUCAGUUGCUUCUCUCAAACGUGAUUUCUUCUCCAAAUUGCCAGACAAGGUUAAGUCUGGGCUUGAUGAUCCUGAUCAAACCCUUUUUGAAAUUGAUCUUUCUAAAGCCACUGGCUUAAUUGAAGGGGAGAAAGAAUACUAUGAAAGACAAUUUGCGACAUUGAAGGCUUUUGAAGAAGUUGACUCUCUGGAUACAUCCCGUGUCAUUGAUAAUGAACAAGAUCUUCAAGAACAAGCCCAGCAUGAAAGAGCCAUGAACAUUUCUAAUUGGGCUAAUAUUUUUUUACUUGCAUUCAAGAUAUAUGCUGUGAUAAAAAGUGGAUCAUUGGCCAUUGCUGCAUCAACAUUAGACUCUCUGCUUGAUCUUAUGGCUGGGGGCAUUCUUUGGUUCACACACCUGUCCAUGAAAAACAUCAACAUCUACCAAUACCCCAUUGGCAAACUGAGAGUCCAACCAGUUGGUAUCAUCAUCUUUGCUGCUGUCAUGGCUACUCUAGGUAAUGUCAUUUCUCUCAGGUUCUGUUCAGAAAGUCUGAGAUUCAAGUCUUGAUAUCCUAUUUCACCU